GUAGUUAGACUGUCGUCAAUCAAAAUGUUCAAUUUUUCAAAAUUUAUUUGUUUUUUAUGCCUUUUUAUAUCAAUAGAAGGAGCUAAUAUUCUUUUUUUGAACCCUGUUCCGUCUCCAAGUCAUCAUAAUUGGAAUCGAAAUAUUUAUUAUGCUUUAGCAGCUAAAGGGCACAAUGUCACAGUUCUUUCGCCAGAUGUUGAUUCAGAAGUCACUAAAAAUGUUCAUUAUCUUCACAUGAACGGAAUUUAUGAAGCGUUUUACAAUGGAACCGAUGCAGUAGACCUCCUUAAUAUGGCACAAUUGUCACCAUUUGAAAAUAUCGAUGAAUUUUACGGAUUUAAUGUUUUGGCGACAGAAGUUUCCACGAAAUCCGAUGGUUUCAAAGCUCUAAUGGCGUAUCCUGAUACGUUCAAAGUUGAUCUCGUCAUCAUCGAUAUCACCGGAGGUCCAUUUUUGCUUGGAUUUUUGAAAAAGUUUAAUUAUCCUCCCGUGGCUUCGGUAACAGCAUUCAGUUAUCCGCCUUUUAUGACACUCUUUGAUGGAGGCCAUCGGCAAAAUUCGUACGUGCCGCAUUACGAAAUGGAAUAUCCGAAUGACAUGACAUUGUGGCAACGAAUAAUCAAUCAUUUAGUUCUCUGGUACGACGAUUAUUCGUUUUUGACGAAAUUGAUAACGGCACAGGAGCAUUUGGCUCGAAAAAUAUUCGGAGAAGACCUUCCGAGUUUGCUUGAAUUAGGAAAACGAUCGUCAGUGUUGUUAACAAAUACGCAUUUUUCCGUGGAAACUCUUCAACCUCUCCCGCAAAAUGUGAUUCCAGUUGGCGGUUUACAAAUUCGUGAUCCAAAACCAUUGGCGGAAGACGUAAAAUCCUUUAUCGAAGCCGGAAAACGAGGAUCAGUGAUAUUUUCAUUAGGAACAAAUGUCAAAAGUGAUACUUUACCAAAAAAUAUCAUCCAGAUGUUUUUAAAUGUCUUCCGCGAGAUGCCUGAAUAUAAUUUCAUUUGGAAAUACGAGUCAGAUCUCGAUCUAGAAAUUCCUAAAAACGUCAAGUUACAAGGUUGGGUUCGGCAAAGCGACAUUCUCGCACAUCCCAAUAUCAAGGCUUUCAUUUCGCAUUGCGGGCUUUUAGGCACACAAGAAGCAAUGUGGCAUGGAGUUCCUAUCAUAGGCAUUCCUUUUAUCGCAGAUCAAUUUCGAAAUAUUGUUAGUGUCAUUCGGGCUGGCAUGGGACUUCGCAUUGACCUCAAAACAGUAACGCAUGAGUCCUUCAAAGGAGCACUGAAAGAAAUUCUCGAAACGCCUUCAUAUCUCGAAAAUGCAAAGAAACGCUCUCGUUUGUUUAAAGAUCAAAUGGAUAAACCCUUGGAUCGCGCCGUUUUUUGGUUGGAAUGGACCAUGAGACACAAAGACGACGCCCAAUUGAUUCAAAAUCCCGUAAAAACUUUGGGAUGGUUCGUGGGAAACGGAUACGAUGUGCUGCUGAUUGUUUUUACGCCCGUUAUUUUACUCCUACAUGCCGUUUUGUUCGUCGCCAUCAAACUUUGUACGAUGCCAAAAGCGAAGAAGGCAAAGAAAGAUUAAGCAGUGUCAUGAUCUGCCGUCGUCGUCCUCCUCUGGAGAUUAUCACACCUUUUGCAAAUUUCAAAUAAUAAUAAUGAAAAAAAGAGGAAAAAUAAAGUAGCAACUCACCUCCUAUAUAAUACAUCAACAUUGUGGAUACGCAUCUCUUUGUAGCCAGUUUAUAUUCAUAAUAAAUUUAAAAUCCUACUGCGAUUCGGAGAAAAGUAAUCUCCAACCAAUCUUCAUAGCACAGAAAUUUUUUUUAUAAUAAUAAUAAAUGGUGCUGUAUUACGAUGACGUCCCUUUGAGAUAAUCUGCAAAGAUAAGAAAUAGAUGAUGUGUCUUUAGUCUUGAACUGUGAAAGAAAACUUCUUUUUUUUAUUAUUAUAAACAGUUAUUUUCUUCCUACGCGAUACAAAAUUGGCUUUUAUAAGCUGUUAAAUUCA